AGGGAAGAAGAGCGCAUUAAUUUGGUAGCAGCGGUGUAGUUACUUAGGUUAGAUUCGUUUUAGUAGUGAAUUAUUUUAUAUACAGUAGUUUUUUUGAGUAUGAUAUAGGUGAGACGUGUUAGCUCGGUUCAAAUAUUUAUAUUUAAAUAUGUGUUAUCAGAACGUUUCAAGUUUACAGUUCAUUUGAGGAUUUAAAGCGGCUUGAGGAAACUUCACCUUUGAAGGCUGGGCUGGAUGGAAAUAGAACCAUUUGAACUCAUAGGAAUAAUAUCUCUACAUCACUGACACUCAUGUGGAAAUCCAGCAUAAUUGCCAACUAGCAGGAGCUUGAUAGAUCUCAUCAAUGGCUACAAGAUUUGGCAGAUAUAUUGUUGGAGGAACGACAUUUGGUGCUGGAGCCUACUUUUCAACAUGGCUUGUAACAGGAGAGCGACCGUUCAUUGGCGAACCAGUAGUAGCUGCCGACCCUCAGAAGAUGUUGAGGGCGAAACGGCCGCUGCCGCCCAGAGAUGCCCAAAUCAGGUCGUUGCAGAGUGAGGACUUCGAUGUUCUAAUCAUUGGCGGUGGAGCAACCGGAGCUGGAUGUGCCUUAGAUGCAGCAACUAGAGGCCUUAAAACAGCAUUAGUCGAAGCAGAUGACUUUGCUUCGGGAACAAGUAGCAGAAGUACAAAACUCAUCCAUGGAGGAGUUCGAUAUUUAGCAAAAGCUAUACUCAACUUGGAUAUAGAACAGUAUCGAAUGGUGAAGGAAGCGUUACACGAGAGAUCGAACAUGCUCAACUCCGCACCACAUCUAACACGACCUCUACCCAUUAUGUUACCUGUAUAUAAAUGGUGGUUAGUUCCUUACUACUGGGCUGGUAUCAAAGCGUAUGACUUUGUAGCUGGUUCGAAGACUGUGAAAAGCUCCUAUUACCUAUCAAAGAAGGCUGCCUUGGAGCUGUUCCCCAUGCUUCAGGGCGAUAAACUUGUUGGAGCAAUAGUUUACUAUGACGGACAGCAAGAUGAUGCGAGAAUGUGCUUGAACGUAGCACUGACGGCAACCAGACAUGGUGCAACAGUGGCCAAUCACGUUUCAGUGACAAAACUGUUGAAAGACAAUAGCGGCAAACUGUGUGGAGCCUCAUUGAAGGAUGAGCUGACCGGCAAGCAGUGGGAUGUGAAGGCCAAGUGCGUCAUCAACGCCACGGGACCCUUCACCGAUACCAUCAGGAAAAUGGAUGAGCCAACCACCAGGGAAAUAUGCUCUCCCAGCUCGGGUACACACAUUGUGCUUCCCGGAUACUACAGUCCAGACCAGAUGGGUCUUCUGGAUCCUGAGACUUCUGAUGGCAGAGUGAUUUUCUUCCUGCCGUGGCAGAAGCAGACGAUUGCAGGCACCACAGAUCUGCCUUGCAAGGUCACUCACCACCCGAAACCGACCGAAGACGAGAUUCUCUUUAUUCUCACCGAGGUCAAAAACUACCUUAACCCGGAUGUUGAAGUGAGGAGAGGCGACGUGCUGUCGGCGUGGAGCGGCAUCCGGCCACUGGUGUCCGACCCGAACAAGGAGGACACUCAGUCGCUGGCACGCAACCACAUCGUGCACGUGAGCGACUCCAACCUGGUCACCAUCGCCGGUGGCAAGUGGACCACCUACCGCGCCAUGGCCGCCGAAGCGGUUGACGCCGCCAUCGAGGUUGCUAAUUUAUGGAAGACACCGGAUGCCCCAUGGAGUCAAGCUCAGCCCGGAUCUACAGGUAAUUUUCAUUUAUACCAACAACUAGAAGAAAUCACGACUACAUGUCGACUGGACUGCAUGGAGAGCAAGACGGACGGCCUGCUGAUUGAGGGCGCCCAUGGCUGGACUCCCACCAUGUACAUCCGGCUAGUGCAGGACUUUGGCCUGGAGUGCGAGGUGGCCCAACACCUGGCCAACGCCUACGGGGACCGCGCUUUCGCCGUCGCCAAACUCGCUUCGCUCACCGGCAAGCGAUGGCCCAUCAUCGGCAAGAAGAUACAUCCCGAGUUCCCCUACAUCGAUGCCGAGAUAAGAUACGGAGUGCGUGAGUACGCGAUGACAGCGGUGGACAUGAUCGCUCGCCGACUGCGACUGGCCUUCCUCAACGUGCAGGCGGCCGCCGAAGCUCUGCCAGGCAUAGUCGACAUCAUGGCCGAGGAGCUCAACUGGAACGAAGCCGAGAAAAAGAAACAACUGGAAAAGGCGUCCGAAUUCCUCAAAAAUGAAAUGGGUCAAUUAGUAAACAGAGCGUCGAAAGAUAAGCUUCCAAUCAAUUUGACGAAAGAGGAAAUCCAGCUGUACAUCAAGCGCUUCCAAAUCAUUGAUAAGGACCACAAGGGAUACGUUUCCAUUAAUGACAUUCGACGUGGUCUCAAGAAUUUCGGUGAGGCGGAUGUUCCUGGGGAGGAACUGCACGAAAUUCUGAGGGAAAUUGACACCAAUAUGAAUGGACAAGUAGAGCUAGAUGAGUAUCUCCAGAUGAUGUCAGCAAUAAAGUCUGGACACGUAGCCUACUCUCGGUUUGCUAGAAUGGCUGAAAUGGAGCAUGAAAAACACGAAAAGGAUUCUCUCACAAAGAAAAUUACCGUCGAGAGGAGCGGAGGUGGUCUUUAAAGAACUUGAUUUAGCUAACAAUAUUUUAUUCACAAUUUUUCAAUUUUAUAAAAAUUUCACAAUUCGUCGCUGCUAUUCCAUGAAAAAUAUUGUUUCUAUCGACUCAGUUACUCAUUUUUGAGUAUAAAGACACUAGAAACUUGCAAAGUUAAUAUUUCUACAGUCCUAUAAAAUAGAAAACCUCUGGUGUGAUAUGAUGCUGUCAUGUAGACAGUCAUUCGAAUUAUUAUCAUAUUUCAACCGAUUCAAGCAAUAGCCAAGUAAGUUAUGUAAUAUAUAAAUAUAAGUAAUCCAUGGAAGAAAUGAAUGAUAAAUACUUUUAUGUUGAGUACCUGAGAACUCAAAUACUGGAUUUAAUUAAGUACUGUAUAUGUGAUUAUUUUAUUCUGCCCCUUUUGAUAUUUUUGCCCUUUUGUUGACUUGAAUGUCAAUCUUGGUCUUGUUUUUGAAGGCUGUAAUUGCAAAAACAUCUAGAGUGGUUAUCCUACUUACGGAUAACACUACACUCGUCCUACUUACACUCGCAGGACUCUUUUCAACUGUAAACAGUUUUCUUAGAAGCCAGUAUCUAUUUCAAAUAGUCUUGGCGUUUACAACCGACAAUUGCAUUAAAAUUACUAGAAAUACAUAACCACCCACACAUUCUAUGUUCAGUAUACAUGUUUUACUACUUCAAAUCUGUAUCAAGCUCUAUGAAUAUAUAUUAUUUAUUAAAAGAAUGAGCCCUGUAUGAGUAGUGUGACACGAAAUCAGUGUGACCAUGUAAUUUAUAAUAUUUCUGCUCUGCUAAAACUUGAAUUGCUCAAAUUUCAUAUCUAAUUCUAACACCAAAGCAUUAUUGUAGAAAUGUUAUUUCUCUAUGAAAUAGGCCUAUUAAUUUAUGAUAUUUUCAAUAUUUAAUUGUUUUACAUACUUAUAAUACCUUCAAACUGUAUAGUGAUUUCUACUUAACUUUGAUGUGUAACAUAAUAUUAAUAAUUAGUUUUGUAAUUAGAGAUUGGCCUAUUCAAUGCAAAGAUUUUUAAAGAUUAACAGCAAAAGAUUAGGUACUUUAGCUCUUGUCGAGAGUACUCCAUUGGUUCAAUUACUCAAUUAAUCUGUGUUUUAAACCAGACAAGGAUAUCCUAACAUCUAUUCGAUCACUAGGCCAAUUUUAGUAUCAACUAGAUUUUCCUAGUUAUACGAGUAAUUCAUAUGGAUGAACAAUUGUUUCAAUUGCAUUAAAACUCUUCAAUCAGCAAUUUUGGCGGUGGAAGUGUAUUGAUGUUUUAUCAUUAAAUCCUUAGGUCUUCCAAUAUAGUAAUGACUUAUUAAAACCUCAAUAUUAUAGUUAGUUUGUAAGAAUAACUAUUCUGGUAAUAAGAUUACCUUACACCUAAUUAAAAAUAAGGUAUUUCAGUAUUAUUUAGUGGAAAUGUUCUUUUUAAGUAGGUUGAUCGAUAUUUAUGAGGUUUCUCAGAUCCCUUCCACUCAUGUUCAAAAGAAUUAUAUUUUCUUCGAUUUUGGUGAUAAUUGGAAUGCCAAAACUUAUACAAUUAUACAAGUCAUGCAUGAAUGAUCCUUUUGAUUUUUAAUAAUGCAAAAAUUUCAAAGCUAUAGCUGAUUUUCACACCUUACGAAUAACAGCUAGAACUAAUACUAGUAUUAACUUGUGAUAAAGUUAGCCCUACUUUAUCAAUUUUUUAUUAUGUUCUGUAUUGAAUGCUCAGAGUUUGAAGACGUGGAGUGUUUCCAAAUGAACUUUUACUAAGUUAUUUAAGAAAUCUAUGAAGUUCAAUUUGAACUCUUCCUGACAAGAUUUUUAGUGUAUAACUAGUCUUGUUAUAUUCAACUCUGUGAUCAUAUAAUGUGAAUUUUAAACGUUUUUCUUGUUAAAUUGUAUUGAAAUAUUAAUUUUAGUCUGAACUUGUUAUUGUUAAUAAAAUUAUUAUAGUUUCA